CGUCGGCAGUCAGAAGGAGCCCAUCGGGCUUCCCCAGGGAUUUUUGUUCAAGCUUGCUUGGGAUUCUGGAAGGAUCGUCCAGGAAUGUCCAAGAAUCCUUCUCCGUAGCCAUUUCGGCUCAGGCCUUUGAUUGUGCCGAGGCAGCGAUCGACCCUGGAGCUUGCAAGUCUGCGCCCUCGCCUGCGAUCUUGUGCAGCCAUGUGCCUCCCGCCUGCCUCGGAGACUCCUGCCACGCACGGCCUCAGGGCAGAGCCGACCUCGAAGCUCGUCGUGUGCGUGAACUUGUACUGGGUCCUGCUAGUUGCCACCACGGCUGCCGCGGUGAGCUGCUGCAACAGUGCGCUUGUGGCCCUGGGCCUCUCAGCAGGUUGCCAGUUCUGUGCCUCGGCGUUCCUGGCCACGGAAAUGAUGUGGUGGCUUCCAAACGUCGGCGUGGACUGGGUUUUCGGUGCCGAGGCCUUGCAGCCUUUCCGGCACGCCCACAAGGGGGGCAUGGGAGGGGCGCCCACGAGUGUGCGAGCGUCGCUCUGGCAGAUGCCAUAUCAACUGACAGCCAUGCGGCAGGCCCGGGUCUCCCGGGUGCGAGGCUAUUGGAUGGACCCUCUGAUAUACGCCAUCACGUAUGCUUGCAGCGCCAGGCGGGGCGCAGUCGUCGCCACGAAUCUUGCUGUUGGUUUCUGGCCGUCCGACUCGCUGGAGCUUUGCUCGACGGCGCUGACCUUUGUCGGCAUGCUCCUGUAUUUCGACUUCAUGUCGUUCCUGCUGCACUGGGCGAUGCACACCAGAGUAUUGUACAGGAGGUACCACAAGGAGCACCAUGACGUCCGUCACCUGUCUCCCUGGGCCAACGACAUCGAGUCUGACGCGGAAGGGCUGCUGAACGUGUUCAUGUGCAAGGCGACCACGGUGAUUUUCGCUGCCUGGCUAGGCCUCUUGCAGGAGCGACCUUGGUUGAUCGUGGCGUUCUAUGCGUUCACGAAGUGGUACGGGGUCAUGGAGCAUCUCAACAUGACUCUGCCUCCCUUGCAUAUUCUCCUACGUUGGAAGCAGGCUGGCCAUCCCCUUUGCAGUCUGCUAUCUCUGCCAGAUUACCACGACGACCACCACCGCUACUCUCCCGAUGCUGAGGCGGUGGGUCAUUUGGCAGUGUACACUACUUUCUGGGAUCGGCUGUUUGCGCCCCUCGUCAGGAGGACCACGGUGGCCAAACUCUCUUGAAGAGCCCAACGGUUGCCAAGCAUUCAGACUAAUCAGUGCAGCCUCGACGGGUUAUGUCAGAGUCGCCGCUUUCCGAAUUGAGCUGGCCUGUAUAAUUGCGCUGACGGUGCCGCUGCUUACAGCAUGCAGCGUGUACUUUUUGGGUGUCUGUGCGCGCCUUCCACACCAUUCGGAUAGAUCAGCGUUCAGACGACAUAGCACAUGAUUGACGGUUUGUUAUGUAUGUUUGUGCGCGCCGCUCCGUUACAGAAUCUCGCGGAGUACCGCGCCCCGAUUGCAGCUUACAGGACAUGAUGCGUCGCAGGUCCGGCAGGCAAGCGUACCACAAGAGUGCUAUAGACAUCCGCGCGAUCCGCAUUUCGAACCUCAACCCGUGCAUGGACACUGAAAAAAUGAAUGUCCAAAA